GCCAGGUGAUGAAGUGGUACAUCGAGAAGGGCCUGUCAGCCGUGCCGAUCCACCCGAAGGAGGCCUCGGUCGAGGAGGUGCAAACGAUCGCCAGCGUGUUUGACAUCUACGAGCCCAAGGUCACGAGCGUCUCGAUCAUCACGCCGCCGCACGUCAGCCUGCCGAUCGUCAAGACGGCCCUGUUCGAGCUCGGCGUCAACGGCGUGUGGCUGCAGCCGGGCGCCGAGGACGAGGAGCUGGUGGCGUACAUCGAGACGAUGCCCGACGAGCUGCGCAGCCGCGUCGUCUACGGAGGCCCCUGCAUCCUCGUCGAGGGCGAGGCGCUGGCAAAGGCGCAGGGCAAGCUCUGACUCGUCGAGCCGCCGCUACCACCGCCGCCGCUGCCUGCGCACGAGGAGGCUGCUCUCUCCGGCUGUCUCACUCGUCUCGCUCUGUAAAUGCUCAUGAUCUGCCUCUCG